AUGAAGAGUUGCAGAUGCAGCUGCAGCAGCAGCAGCAGCAACAGCAGCAGCAGCAGCAGCAGCAGAAACAACAGCUGCAGCACACGGCCUACCAAGAAGAGAACAAACGACAAGAGGGGCCCCUUAACCCCUGGUGAAAGCAUGAUGCCGUUGCAGCAGCAGCAACAACAACAGCAGCAGCAGCCGGUGCUGCUGCUGCAGCAGCCACUGAUGCACCAGCAGCAGCAGCAGCAGCACAACCCGCUGCUUGUCCAAGGGGCUUCUGCCCCUGGUGAGAUGAGUGACAUCUCCCCACAUCACCAGCAGCAGCAGCAGCAGCAGCAACUUCUCCUCCAGCAACAGCUUCUACUUCAGCAACAGCAGCAGCAGCAGUUGCUACAGCAGCAGCAACCGCAGCAGCAGCAGAUACCGCUUUUCCACGCGCAGCAAUAUGUGCAGCAACCCACAUACCAACACCCGCAGCAGCAGCACCACCACCAGCAGCAACACCAGCAGCAGCAGCAGCAGCAGCAGCAGCAGCCGGUGCUGCUUCCGAACUUGCCGCUACCUUUCCUAUGUCCAGGCACAGACGCAACGUGCGGGGGCCCCCCUCUAGCGGUGAAUACCCCAAGGGGGGCCCCCCUGGGAGUGCCUUUCAUAGGGGCCCCCUCUCUCUCUGGAGCUCAGGUGUAUGGACAGCAUCCUGCGUGUGCCGGCGGGUCAUCCGUUGCUGCAGUACCUGCAGCUGCAGCUGUAGCAGCAGCAGCAGGAGCAGCAGGAGCAGCAGGAGCUGUGCCAGUGUACAGCAGCAGGAGCACCGCGAACAAUAGCCGCAGCAACAGCGGCAGCAGCCAGAGCUCUAUGCUGCUGUCAGUUGAGUGUACUUCACCAGUAGCUAUUGGUUUAGAGCCUACAGCUUUUGGAGAGGCUAUGAUUAUGGGGGGGCCCCCCUGCAGCACCUUCACGGGGGCCCCCACCCUCUCUAAUAACAAAGCAGAAGAAGUAAAGACAUGCGCAGCGCUGCAGCAGCACAGGGCCUGGACCGACGCUCCUCUCCUUCCCUUGGGGGCCCCCCCUCUCCCGGGGGCCCCUACGCCUUCAGGGGCCCCUACAACUGCUGCCUUAGAGGCACCUGCUGUGUCAGGGGCCCCAACUGACUCGGGGGCCCCUGUUACGUUGGGGGCCCCUGCUGCUGCUUUGGGGGCCCCUACAACUGCUGCUUUAGAGGCCCCUGCUGCUCUGGGGGCCCCUACUUCUUUGGGGGAUUCUGCUGUCUCGGGGGCCCCUACUGUGUUGGAGGGCUCUGCUGGUUUGGGGGCCCCAGCUCUUACAGGGGCCCCUGCUGCUGCAUUGGGGGCCCCUACAGGCUUGGAGGCCCCUGCUAACUUGGGGGCCCCUUCUGUGACUGGGGGCCCCCCUGUGUAUGGGUCUCGUAAAGCCUCAGAGCGCCGAAGCUGCCGAUCUACCUUCGGUUCUUUGUCUGUUGGUGGGGGCCCCCCACCUUCAGGGGGGCCCCUAGCAGGGGGGGGAGGGGGCCCCCCGCCCGAAGCAAUUGCUCGCCAAUGCUAUCAUCACCCUGUUAAGGGAGAGUGGAGGGCCCGGUAUUUAGUUGGGGGUAAGAAACGAAUGAAGAGCUUCAGUCUGAGGAGACACUCUAAUGAUGUUGCCCUUGCACUUGCAGAAAUGUUUCUGGUGUAUGUACACCUCACAGGCUCCCCAGCUAGCGAUCAGGAGGUUCGCAAUUGGCAUCAGGGUAUCCUUGCCCUGACACGUGCUGCUGCUGCUGCAGCUGCUGCUGCUGCAGCAGCUGCUGCUGGUGCUGGUUCUGGCGCGCCUCCUGCUGCUGCCGAAUCGGAGACGCGUACACGGCCUCCAUCUGCUGCAGCAGCAGAGGCUGCAGCAGCAGCAGCAGCAGCAGCAAACUCUGACCUCAGUGUGGCGCCCUUAAAUGUGGAGGCCCCUUCUCGUAGUGCGAGUGAAAUAGAUAGCCGGUGCCUUGAUUCUUCUUCUUGGGCGUUUGGAGCAGAAGGGGGGGCCCCUGUAGGGGAAGAUUCAGGGGCCCCUGCUACCCCCUUUGAGGGGGCCUCGGUGGCAGAGGGGGGCCCCUGGGGGCCCCCAUCAAGCACACCUACAAGAUCUGGUGCGCCUGAUUGGCGAGAGUUGCUUAGGGCCCUCAGAACGCAUCCCUGGGUUGCAAGGGGUUCAGCGCCUUAUGUACCCGCUACAGGGGUUUGGGAUUACGACCCUAACUUGCUGCUGGGAGCCCCCCAGCAGCAAGUUGGGGGCCCCCGGGGGCCCCUAGAGACCACCCAGGGGCCCCAAGGUGAAUGGGGCCUCCUACAAGCACAUUCGGGUACUAAUGAUGCAGGCGGUUUGGCAGCAGGAGCCACCGACUUCUCUGGGGGAGUGCAGCAGCAACAGCAACAGCAGCAGCAGCAGCAGGGAGAGCAGCAAGGGCAGCUUGGAGACUUCGCAGCUGCAACAGCAACAGCAACAGCAACAGCAACAGCAGCAGCAACAGCGCCCGUUGACGCUCCUCUGGGUACUUGUAGGUACGAAGUGGCUGCUGACGGCGCAGCAACCAAUAACAGAACAGGGGGCCCCCAUCUUGAGGGUACACGAGAGAAAGUGCUGCUGCCGGCUCCCCAGUCGAACGUGUUGGGGGGGCCCCCCUAUCACGUGGGGGCCCCUCCCCCUGCGUAUGGAGGGGGCCCCUUAAGCACUGCCAGCAGCAGGGGCCCCCAAGGGGUCCGCAGACGCAAAGUAUCUGGAUUCCGCGGUGUGCAUAGCAACAGAAAGCAGCAGCAAAGGCAGCAGCAGCAGCAGCAGCUGCUUCUGCUGGAGCAGCAGCAGCAGCAGCUGGAGCAGCAACAGCAGCAGCAGCAGCUGCUGCUGGAACAACAACAUUACUCUGUGGACAUCGACGGCUUGCCGACUCAUACUAGCAGCAGCAACAUUAACGAGGGGGCCCCUGACAUGCUGCACUUUGGGGGGGGCCCCCCAGUUCAGCGGCAGCAGCCUCUGCUGCCUGCGGUGGAUUUCCCUGCUGCUGCUGAUUCCCCACAUAGGAGUGCAGCAGGAGUAGCAGGAGGGGAUUCCUGCUGCUGCUGCUGCUGCACAACGAGGUGUGACAGCAGCAGAUGCUGCGGCAAGUGUAAAGGGAAGCAGCAUAUUAUACCCCAGCAGCGAGCGCGACUCUCAGAUUUUUUGCUGCUAUGCAGCGGCCUUGGAGAACGAGGAGCUGCAUUUGGCGUUGACGAAGCUGCUGCAGAAACAGCAGCAGAAGCAGCAGCAGCAGCAGCAGAUUGGAAUACACUAGCAGCAGCAGCAGCAUAUGGAGCUACUGCUGCAGCAGCAACAACACGAAAGCAGCAGGAGAUGCUCUACCCUACGCGUCCGUGGGGCCUCUUGGGCAGCAGGUGGUUCAGCAUUCUGCAGCAGCUGCAGCAGCAGCAACAACAACAAGAGCACCAGGAGCAUCAGGGUCAGCACCAGGAGGAGCUGCAGCAGGAGGAGCAGCAGCAGAAAGGGUGUAGUAGUACUGGAGAGCUGCUUCUUCCGCUCAAGCGGGCCUCAGAUGCAGCACAAGAGGGGCCCCCAGAACCGAAGGGGGCCCCCAUCUACUCAGCAGCAAUGGGCCCCAAAGGUGUAGAUCUGUCGUUAGGAGACAGCUUAAAAGGAGAGACAGCAGCAGCAGCAACUCUUAUGACAUGGAGGCCGGUGCUGCACACCCCCAGGGCUUCCUCCCUUUCCUCUGCGUGGUGCUGGGGUGUCUCCAAGGACAGCAGCAAAUGCUGCAGCAGCACCAGCUGCAGCAGCAACAGCAGCUCAACGAAGACCUGCAGCAUGAUAAAGAGAUGCAACGGCAGCAGCAGCAACCAGACGAAUGCCAGCGACGUAGGGGCAGACGAUGGUGCAGCAAAAGAGCUGCUGCAGCACAAGGUAGCUGCUGCUGAAGCGAAGCUGGAACCUGAAGCAGCAUCAGCAGCAGCUGCAGCAAAUAUGCAGUGUGCGGGGUACCCCAUCAAGGUAGAGGAAACCUGCGAGCACGCUGGCAUAUCAGGAGGCUGUGCUAGCGCCUCUGUGGCUUCUAAAGAUCGGACAGCAGCAGCAGCAGCAGCAGCAACAGCCGCAACCGCCGCAACAGCAGAAACAGCAGAGGAAGCAGGCUCUGGCAGUGACUGCUGCACAGACAGCGGGCCGACAGCCUGUGAUGGGGACACAGCAGCAGCAACAUGCAAUGAAGGCAAAGCAGCAGCAGCAGCAGCAACAUCAGCAAGUACAGCAGAUGCAGCAAGUGCAGCAGAUGCAGCAAGUGCAGCAAAGGCAGCAGAAGGGGUCUCUCAGGAAGAGGGCGCUGCUGCGGCGGUGCGGCACUGGCGGUUCUUAAACCUCAGAGCAGCAGCAGCAGCAGACCAGCUCCAGCGUAUACAAACAGCAAUCCGCAGCAAUGAACAGACUGCGCAGCUCCUUCAUGUUGCUCUCCACCUGUGCCGCCAAGCUGCAGCUGAUGCUGCUGCGGCUCCUGCUGCUGCUGCUGCUGCUGCACCCCAUCAUGAGGACUUCACACAGGAAGUCGGGGAGAGGCCCGCUGAUAGCCCCAGUAGUGAGGGGCAGCAAACACAGCAGCAGCAAUCCGAACAGCAGCAGCAGCAACAGCAGCAGCAGCAGCAGCAACAGCAGCCGCUGCAUGGCUCAGGAGCAGUUGCUGCUCGACUUACCGUCUUCAUUGAGGGCCUCACGGCAGCGCGCAGCAGCAGCAAGGGGGCCCUCUUGACCCCUGCUGCAGUGCAGCAGGUAGGGAAAGAAAUAUCGCAGUGGCUGUCUACAGUAUGCAGCGAUUAUACAGCAGAAAGCAAGACCAGCAGCAGCAGCAGCAGCAAUGACAGCAGCAGCAGCAGCAGCAGCAACAGUGGCAUUGGAAGGUGCGGGCUCAAGUGGGGGCCCGUUUCCCAGGUGCUGGAGGAAUGCGCCUCUGAAGAGGUGAGGCUGCUGCAGCUGCAGCAGGAGACCGAUGGUUUGCUGCAGCAGCAAGAAGCCCUUCUGCGGGUGUUCGGAGAAGAUAUUAAUUUCAUGCUGCAGACAACCAACUGUCUCCUUCCGAAUGAAGAGACAGGCGAACCGAAGGAACAGCUAGAAGCAGCAGCAGAGCGCAUGGGGGCCUCUCUAAAUAAGGAAGUUGAGGGGCCCCCAUUGGGCCCUGACGGGGCCCCUUGGGGUCUGCGAUCUCUCUUCCUCACAGACACUGCAGAAACUGCAGCAGGGCCAGCAGCAGCAGCAACAGCAGCAGCAGCAGAUGGUGCUGCCGUGGCAAAGCUGGAGGAGAACAACCCGAAAUACUCGUCCAGUGACGACGUUUGGGACCUUCACACCGAAAAGGAUCUGAACGCAGCAGCAGAAGCCCCCCGUCGGUCGGAGCAUCGCUAUGUAGGGCGUCGCUUCUUGGGUGGCCCUGGGGGCUCAGCGAUAUGCGCGUACGAUUUGCUGCUGCAGCAGCGAGUAGAGAAGGUGCAGCUGUUUGUAAGGGGGCCCCUAGAAGCCUUCUGGUGUACACGCUAUGGUGAAGGAGACGCUUGCGUUAGGGCUUACUCAGUGGAGACAUGGGGCUUCCAAGGGGCCCUUAAAAAGGCGGUGGGCCUCAGGCUUGCAGCUUCGGGGCACCCUUUGGGCCAGGGAAUCGGAGACAAGGUGCUACCACCCCAGCAGCAGCAACAACAGCAGCAGCAGCAACUGCUGCUGCUGCAAGAUACACAGCUUUCUUUCCAGCACGCACCGGUCUUGACGCAGCUAGAAAUGCAGCAAGUGGCAGGUGCCACUCCGGGAACUUUCCAGAUGGACGAACAGCAGCAGCAGCAACAGCAGCAACAACAGCAGCAACAGCAGCAGCAGCAACCCACGCCGAGUGAUUGGGGGUGCGCACAUCUGUGGCCCUCGGGAGGGUCGCCCAGUCCUCAAGCUUCUCAAGAGGCCCUCACAAGCUGCAGCAACAGCGGCAGCAUCUCCAGCAACAAUAGCAGCAGCAGCAGCAGCAACAGCAGCAGCAGCAACAGUAGCAGCGUAUUAUCUGGCCCUUCAAUGUCUGUUUGUUUGGGGGACAAAGGGGCCCCAGGGACCACCGGACCCUCUCCGAAAGGAUCCCCUCCAGAGGUCGGCGGCGGCAUAUGGGGGGGCCCCCUUAGGGGUAGAGGGGACAACGCAAAAGUAGAGGGGCCCCCGCUCGAGCUGGAGCUCGGAGGCCCUGGAAGAAUUCCAUCAACGACGACAGCAGCAGCAGCAGCAGCGGUAGCAGCAGCAGCGGUAGCGGUAGCCAGCAGCAGCAGCAGCGGUAGCAGCACCAGCAGCAGCAGCAGCAGCAGCAGCAGCAGCACCAGCAGCAGCAGCGGUAGCAGCAGCAGCAGCAGCACCAGCAGCAGCGGCAACGGCACCAUAUUGUCACCCACAGGCACCCAAUGCUAG